AUUUAUGAUUUCUAGAUAAAAUCUAACCUACAACUGCAACGUGCAACAUAACCUUUUUCAAAAAUGACAGAAAUAUUAAAUAGAUUACUUUUUAAUAGAUAUAUUUAUUGUUUAUCGAAAAGUAAUAAAAGAUUCGCUGGUCAUAGCAAAUGGGCAAAUAUAAAACAUAUAAAAGAAGAAAAAGAUCAUGAAAGGAUGAUACGGUUUCAUCACUUAAAACUACAAAUGCGGGUUGCUAUAACGGAGGGUGGUAAUAAUACAAAACCUAGUCACAAUUUAAGAUUAGCACAACUCAUUGAACAAGCUAAAAAGGUGAAUAUGCCUGUUGCAUCAAUAAAUAGUUUUCUUGAAAAAAUGGAAGCACGCAAAAACAAGACUCAAUCAGGUGUAGUAGAAAUUCGUGGCCCAAAUGGUUAUAUUCUACUUGCACGUUAUACAACAGAUAAUGUAAGAGCAUUUCAAAUGCAACUUAAUGCAAAACUAAAAAAACUAGGUAUUGGAAAACUCACAAAUCAUUCUGUCAGAAACAUGUUUACUCAUGUUGGUAACAUCAUAGUUGAAAAAAAAGGUGAUUUAGAGCAGGCCAUGGAAGAUGCUAUUAAUGUUGGUGCAGAUGAUGUAGAGGAAUUUGAGGAAAAUAAUACAAAAUAUUUUCAGUUUAAAUGUGAACCAAAGCUCUUAAAUAAAAUACGAAAUCUAUUAGAAGGUCUUCAAUAUAGUAUACUUUCAGCAGAAGAAGAUUAUAUACCACACAAUUUAAUAGAAUUAAACGACUUAGAUUUGAAAGCUGUUUUUCAACUUCGUAACAAAAUUCUAAAAUUAGAAGAUAUUAGUCAUAUAUAUGAUAAUAUAAAUGAUGAUAUAAAUGAUGAUAUUUUAACAUGAAAGUAAUUUUUAUCAAUUGUUUGUACAAUGAUACAUUAUGCAAAGAUUACAAUCGCAAAUUAAAAAUUAAUAUAAUAUUAAUAAUAGGAUUAUAUAAUACUAUGUUCUCAUAAUUAAUCAAUAAAGUUCAGUGCUUUUUAGUA